AUGUUUCACAUUUUUAUUUCUUCACCGUCCAUUUGUUUGUCCAAUGUAUGCAUAUAAAUCACCAUUUGCCUCUAUUGUUCCUCACAUAGUCUUUUUCUCAUCCAUACACACAUACUAUUAAGAAUUAGCAUUCAGCAAUGGCCACUUCAACCUUUUUGAAACCAGCUGCUAUUGUCACCACCCCAAAAUCAUUUCUCACCCCCCCACAAUCUACCAAAACUUUCUCAUUCUCACCUUUGACCUCAUCAAAUGCACCUCUCACAAGGAGCCUUAAGAUGAACAGCACUUCAUCACAACACUCUUCCUUUUCUUUAUUUCCUGCCAAAUCUGUUUCAGUCCAAAGCCAAACUGAAAACCAUUCUGGAGUUGAAAAAGUUCAAGAAAAAGUUGAAGAAAGAGUUCAAGAAUUGCAUUUGUAUGAACUCAAUGAGAGAGACCGUGGUAGCCCUGCUUACUUGAGAUUAAGCAAUAAAAGUGUCAAUACUCUUGGUGAUUUAGUCCCUUUCAGCAACAAAUUGUACACUGGUGACCUUCAGAAACGUAUUGGAAUUACAGCUGGAAUUUGCAUAUUGAUCCAACACAAUGCAGAAAGGAAUGGUGAUAGGUAUGAAGCAGUUUACAGUUUCCACUUUGGAAAAUAUGGAAGUUUAGCUGUACAAGGAGCUUACCUUACCUAUGAGGACACUUAUCUAUCUGUGACUGGUGGUUCUGGAAUAUUUGAAGGUGUUAGUGGCCAAGUGAAGCUGAAUCAGCUUGUGUUUCCUUUUAAGAUUUUCUACACAUUUUAUUUGAAGGGUAUUAAGGAUUUGCCUGAAGAGCUUCUUGGUAAGCCUGUUGAUCCUAGCCCUGCUGUUGAAGCUUCUCCUGCUGCUAAGGCUCUUGAGCCUCAUGCUGUCAUUGAAGGUUUUAUUAACUACUAAAUUUGAUGCUUCUUUGUCUUAUUAUAAUGGUCAAAUAAUAAUUGGAUUUUGUAAUGGAUAUAUUUCUAUAAGUGUUCAAAGAGUACUAUCAAUUAAUUACCACUGUUUAUUAAUAUUUAA